CCACUGAAACAUUCAAGAAGUAGGACCUAAAAUUAUGCAGCAGCAACAGCAAAUGAAUGAGCAGCGCAUACCAAGUAAUGCUAGCUACAGCUUCAAGUGGCUAUGGACUCGGCCACGAAGGAGAAAUUUUUUAAAAAUGUAUCACAGCCACCAGGAUCAUCUUCUUCCUUGUUUGCAUUGCCACCCUCAUAGCUACAUUAGAAUGGUUCACCAUCUCAUCGAAAGAUGCUUGCUUCUUCACAUGAGCAGAGACCAAUGCAUUCAGGCAUUAGCAGAGCAUGCCAGCAUUCGGCCUCUUGUUACACUUGCCGUUUGGAGAGAACUAGAAAAAGAAAAUUGGGACUUCUUUCAAGCAUAUUCUCGUUCUGUUCCUUUCAGGCCUUUCCCACACAGGUUGACUCAAAGGAUGCCCAGAUUGGGAAGAAGGAAACAGUGGAAAUAAACGAGAAGAGUAAAUUUGCAAAUGCUGGAUAUAUAUUUAUAUAUACAUAUAUAUAAAACGCAGUACUGAUCAUCAGUUAGCUAAGGUCUUAUAUAUCUAAGAUACAGUAUUCUAAUCAUACAAGCGAAUGAAUAAGACAUAAGCUAUGCAUAGAGGUUAGUCUGUAUUGUAUGGUUAGCUAGGAAGCUUUUAUAGUAUUUUAUUGCCUGUACAUCCAUGCCUCCAGAUGCGUGAUUAUUCGCUAGCAAACAUCUAUUUAUAUGAUUGAUUAUAUAUGUCUUUUUCAUAUAGUUCUCAAGAA